AUGCCAAAUCAGAGUGAAACCUCAACUUCACCCCCAGAAAAGCCUUGGAUCGGCUACCUUUGGAUCUGGUGCAACAACGUGCCCCGACUGAUGCGCGAAGGCUUCUUUUGGUCAGUCAACAACAUACUGCACGAUGAAGGCUGUUUACUUUCCGAGACCAGACGGGAAUUUACAGCUUUGGGUAGCUCCUACCGGCGCCACUGGUCCCUCCUCGACUGGCACCCUGAUCAACCCGCCGGCGCUCCGCAGUGGGAAGGUUCACUUGUGGUCAGUAGCGACCGGAUUAACAUUCUCGCCAACUUCCAGGUGCAAGAUCUCACCUGGGAAAACGUAUAUUGUGCUUCCGUGCACAAUGAUGACCGCGACAGUGUCUAUGACUACAGCGCCCUGGAGGAAGACAGCAACUACAACUGCUUUUACGACAACAUGCCAAUGAAGGGAUUUUGGCCGUGGCCAAGAGAGGAGGGUAUUGUACCGAAGUUUCCCCCCUUGAUACCGGGGAAAUUCUUCCCACUGAGGGCUGCUUCGCACACUCAAACUGAGAAAUCGGGCCACCAAGAGUCGGGAAACGUGAAUGGGUGUGUUAUUCUAUGA